GCGGGAAUUUCCUGCGUGGACUACGUGUUCGUGCGUGUGUCUGUUAAGAUGGCAAAGUUGUGAGAAAAGCAGGAGCUGGCUGUUGCGCAGUUAACAUCCAUGUGCCUGCAUCUGCGACAGCUCUUUAACUACAAUAGGCAUAAUCAUCAGAGGUAGAAUAGUCUACAUUUAAUAAAGCUGUGUCCUGCUCAUCCAGCGUGAAGCACAAUGAGUCUGGCCUUUCAUGAUCUCCUGGUCUGCUGCAGAGGCCUGGGGAGUGACAAAGCUACAGAGAGGAAGAAAGAAGCUGAGCGCUUCAGGCGACUCCUACGAACUCCAGAGGUGGUGCAGGAGUUGGAUCGUACCUCUGGAUCUAAAACUAAGGGCUCCAAGCAACUCACAUGGGAUGCUGUUUUCAGAUUUAUACAGCGUUAUGUCCAGAAGGAGACAGAAAGCAUGCAAUCGAGUAAAGCAACUACACUGGCUACGCGGCAGAAGAAGAUGGCUGAAAUUUGCAGCUUGAUCAAAUACUUCAUUCGCUAUGCAAACAAACGUGGGCCACAUCUGAAGUGCAGUGAGCUGCUUAAACAUGUGAUGGAGAUCCUGCAGAGUUCAUACAGCUGUUCAGCCUAUGGAGAAGAUUACAGCAGCCUCCUAGUAAAAGAUGUCCUCUCUGUCCGCAAAUACUGGUGUGACAUCACUCCACAGCAGUGGCACAGUCUCUUGGACUUAUACUGUCACCUGUUCAACUCCUCAUCCAAGUCCAUCAACUGCGUGUUGGUGAGCAGAGUCAUCCACACGGUGGUGCAGGGCUGCUGCAUGCAGACUGAAGGAUACAACAACACUCUGUUCAGCUUCUUCUCCAAAGCACUGCUAAAUGCCAGGCAGGAGAAACACUUGGCUGUUUUGGAGCACCUAGUCUCUGCUCUGAACAUCUUCUUGAGAUCCGCAGCCAUGAACUGUCGGAUGAGGGUGUGUCGCCUGGGAGAAGAGCUUCUGCCUUCUAUACUGUAUGUCUGGUCAGAUAUGAGACCCGCUGCUGCUCUCAAAGAGGAGAUUGUGGAAUUUUUUAAGCUGCAGAUUUGUGCUCACCACCCCAAAGGAGCAAAAACACAGGAUGCAGGUGCUCAUGCUGAGGACUGGACCAGGUGGCAGAGUCUGCUGUACAAUCUGUAUGAUGCCCUAAUCAGAGAAAUUAGCCACAUAGGCAGCAGAGGGAAGUACGUCACGGGGACCCGACACAUAGCUGUCAAAGACAAUCUCAUUGAGCUCACAGCUGAUAUCUGUCACCAGCUGUUCAGUGACGACAAUGCCCCCCACGUCUUAGAGGUGACCCAGGCCCUCAUCAGACCCACCCAAGUGGGCAGUCCGACCCAUGGAGCAGCCAGCAAACGACGGCGCAUCGAGCUGGGCUGGGAGGUCCUCCGGGACCAUCUGCAGCCUCAGCAUAGUGACUUUGAUGUCAUACCAUGGCUGCAGAUCACUGCAGUUCUUGCCUCUAAGUACCCGUCCUUGUUGCCUGGCCAGGAGCUGGUCCCACUGCUGUCAGUGCUGUACCAGCUCCUGGCUGAGCAGCGAAGAGGAGAGAGGGGGCCGUAUGUGCUGCGGUGUUUGAGGGAGGUGGCCCGGUGCCAGGCCCGCCACCCAGAGAGGGCCCAAGUGCACAGGACGGAGCUGGGUAGGCUGUGGGGUCGAGUCUGGGCCCUGGCACUGCGUGGGGUCAGCUCACCUCAGAUAGAGACCCUCUGCCUGGACCUGCUAAACUCUGUUGUCCACAGUGGACUGAUCACUGUGGACAGGGAGCUCUGGAAGCUCUUCUCUGGAUCAGCAUGUAAACCAUCACAGGAUGCUGCCCUCUGUUUAGCCCAAGCCUUACUAAAGUGUCCGGUCCCUAAAAGUCUCCUCGUGAGUUCAGACGGGGACCAUGUGGGGGUCAUGGAGGGAUCCGCACCCCUUAACCUGAAGGAGACGCUCAUAGCCUGGCUGCUGAUGACUGACCAGAGCGAUGAGGUGGAGGAUAGCUCCAGACCGCACCCCAUCAUCUGCAGAGACUUUCCUUAUAAUCUAAUAGCGAACAUCCUGCUCUCACUGACCUUAAAAGACACCAGAACUGGUUUGAAGUUUCUGCUGGGUACUGAGGGAGUAGAAAGUGCCUUUUAUCACGAACAAACCUCAUCCAAUGCCAAAGACAACUUGGAAGAGAUCGAGAGACUCUAUCUGCAGUUCAGCUUCAGCACGCUGCCCUCAGUGACGCAAGGGACUGACGGGGCGGUGAGAACGGCUUCAGCUGGUGGCCAAUUCACUGCCGUCCCCAGCCUUAGAAGCAAGUUGGAGCAAUCCCUGCUUUGUGUGGCUGACAACCUGCUCAACUGCUACUCUCCUGAUUCUCAGUCCACCCCUCCAGAGUGUCUGGUGCGCUGUUUCAGCCUGCUGACCGGUGUUCUCGCAGGUUACGUCUCCACAGGGAUUCUCACUGAGGAGGAGGCCUGUUGCUCACAGCUCUUCACUAAAGCCAAGGCUCUGGCACAGGAGUUCAGCGGCUUUGUUUUUAGUUUGAAAGUGAAGAUGUCGGAGGAAGUAACCAUGAGCACGCUGAGAUCUGUCGUGAAGCUCUGCACGCAGUCAGCCAGCAGAGGAAACGAGGAUAAAGUUUCUCCCAUCUCCUCCAGCCUGUUCAUCAUGAUCCUGCCAGCCAGUCUCCUCAGUGACCUGGCUGAGAUCUGCAAGCUGCUGUUAAGCAAUGUCUCUAAGAGAGUCGGUGUUGUGGAUGAAGACGAUCAUAUGGAUCAUGACUGGGAUGUGACCAGAACUCAACAAGGGGACAACAUUGAUCUGUUUGAUGAGGACAACGAGACCCACAGCAGCAAUAGUGGAUCCCUCAGACAGAAGGGGGACAACAGUGACACUUCUUGUGGACCAGGUGCUAAAAGUCUGCUAGCCGACGAUCAUCUGGCCCAACAGGACCUGGCUGUUCUGGCAGUCUUGGAGUUCCUGUGUGAGUGUGGCUCUGUCCAGCCCAUCCACGGCCUGCUCUUCAAGCCGCAGGAGGUGCGGCGCAGGCUGCUGCUGCUUCUGGAGCAGAUAGACUUCAGCAAAGCCCUGCAUCUCAACAUGUACCUUGUCCUGUUGAAGAAGCUUCCUGCUGAGGACUCGCUCUGUCCAGAAGAAUUUGAUUCGCUGCUUGGUCCUCUGGCAGACCUGUGUUCUCAGUAUCGUCAGGACCAAGAGAUCUGUGCUGCUGUUUUGCUGGGUUUGUUACCUGCCAUUAGGAGCCUUGGGAAAACUCACCGUGUGCCAGAGGAAAUGAAACAUGUUCAGGGAUCUCUGCUACAAGUGGUGUCUGGAUUCUGUUUCCUGAGCCAAACGGGGAAAUGCAUGACAGCUGUACGAGCCGCUUUAGUGCGAUGUCUGGUCGCUUUGCUGGAGGCUGAUCCAUGUUGUAAAUGGGCGAUUUUAAGUAUCAGAGGGCCUGACAAAGAGGAAGAUCUUCCAGUGUCUGUCAUCCUUCCGUCUCACCUUGCAGAUGCCCACCACCAAGUCCGCAUGCUGGUAGCCAUGUCAGUGGAGAGGUUAUUUCUGGAGAUGAGGCCAGAGCAUCCAGAUAAGAGGAAGAUGUUGCCGCUCAAACACCAGCAGAAAGCUUUUGAGAGCAUUUACCUGAAGGCUCAGGAAGGAAUGAGGCUCCCAAAAAGCAUUUCUUCAGAGGACCAGCAGGACGAGUCGUUUAACCGCAAGGCCACCCUGUUGAAGAGUUUGUCCGUUGUAUUGUGUUGUAGCCCAGUCUGUGAAAAACAGUGUCUGUUUGCCCUCUUCCAGUCCUAUAAGGAGAACAAUAUAGAGGAACAGGUCAUCAAAAAGAUGUUGUGCAGUGUAUCCAGAGCGCUGGGCUACCGGAACGUGAAGACAUUUGUCACUUCUCACCUGUACUACUUGGUCUCCGAGUGGCUCGCACAAAGACAGUCUGACGAUCGCUACACUCUUGGAUCUUUCCCCUACACCCUCCUAGACCAUGACACAGUCAAAGAUUUCUAUAACUCUUCUUACCAGGUUUUGAUCCCCCAUCUGGUCUUCCUGGAUGACUUUGAGCAGGUGAAGUCUAUCGGCAGAUAUCUUGGGAAGGACUGGAGAGAGUUACUGGCCGACUGUUUCCCCAAGAUCAUGGUCAACAUCCUGCCAUACUUUGCCUUGUCUGGCCAGGAUGCUCAGGUUGCACAGCAGCGAGAGAAGGCCCACAGAGUGUACGAUCUGCUCAAAGACGGCAACUGUCUGGGCAAACAGGAGAUUGACAGCCUGAUCCACAGUAACUUGGCAGACAUAGUGGUUGAACUGCUAAUGACUCUGUAUGAAGGAGGUGGAGUGGAAGGGGACCAAGGAGAUCUCAAACGCUUUAUAGGGGAGCUGGACCCUGCACCAAACCCACCGUAUUUCAGCUCUUAUGUCAUUAAAGCAACAUUGGACUACCUCAGCAAGUGCCACAGUGCCAACCACAAGUCUUUGGUAGCCAUUCUCUCAAAAACUCCGAUUUCCAUCCAGAGGAUUCUGCUGGCGGUGUGUGAAAGAGCAGCAGAGACCACCAACAGCUACGAACGCCAUCGCAUCCUCCUCAUGUAUCACCUUUUUGUCAGCCUGCUGCUCAGAGAGGUGAAGGAUGGCCUGGGAGGAGCCUGGGCCUUUGUCCUCAGAGAUGUUAUCUAUACACUUAUUCAUCAUAUCAACAGCAGACCAGUUCAGUGUGAUGAGGUCGCUAACAGAAGCCUGUCUCUGUGCUGCGACCUGUUGACCUGUGUGUGUCGGGCAGCUCUGCAGUUCUGCGAUGAUGCUCUAGACUGCCACCUACAGGUCAUCGUUGGCACUCUUACUGCUCAGGCGACCAGUCGACCUGCCAUCUCGCAACAGGUGCUCAGUCUGUUGCAGUUUCUCGUGAUAGAAAAUCAGGUGAAGCUAAAAGGAGCCAUCAGCAGGUUGGAGCCAUUUCCUGACCUCCCUGAAUUCAGAGAGCUGCGAUCCGUACAGCACACGCUGAAAUAUAACACCGGGAAAUUUACACUGAGAAGGGAGAUAGCCCACUUCCUGUCAGUGACAUCCUGUGACUCCUUACCUUUGACCAGACUGGAGGGGCUGAAGGAACUGACCAGACAGCUGUGCAACAGCAAGGGACAAAUCAGAGAGCUGCUGAAAGAGUGCCAUGCUGAACCCACUGACAGUGUGCUGGUGAAGCUGGUGCUCAGCCUGCUGCAGCUCUGUAAGCUAGCAGCCAACCACCCCGGAGGAGCCGACAUUUUUGAAGCGGCGGGCAGCUGUCUAGGAGAACUGGGUCCUGUGGAUUUCUCCACCAUCGCUCUGCUUCAUGGCAGGGACCCCCUCUAUGAAAAGGCUGUGUCUCUCUUCACCUCCACUGAGUCACAAUGUCUUUACAUCAUUCUCAACUGCAUGAACGACGCGCUCACUCACCAGCGUAUUGAGGUGAGGCAGGCCGCCACUCAGUGUGUGAAGGACAUCCUGGCCUCUCAGUCUGGAGUCGACUUCUGGGAGCAACACAAAGACAACAGAGACCCCAUGCUGGCCUACCUCAAUCCCUUUAGAAAGACCAAGAAGAAGGCGGUAGCUGUGAGUGCCGAGGAGAGUUCGGAGGCCAGGGAGAAGCUGGAGAGUCAGGUGUUUUGGAUUCCCCAGGCGGGCGGCCACAAAGCCUGGCUGAAAGCUCUAUGCAGUGCCCUGCUCAACAGUGGAGGAGUCAGGAAUGAGGCUCUGCUACUGUCACGACCACUGUGUCUGGUGUGGGUGGACUGCUGCCAGAGGCUGCUGCCCCUCAUCAUUCACUCCAUUCUUCUCGAUGACUCUGAUGGUACAUGGAGGGAGUCGCUCUCCUCUCACAUUCAGGACUUCUUCACCUUUUGUUCCCGAAGUGCUCAGGCCUCCAGUCGCUCUGCCACACCUCUCAACUCUGACUCUGGGAAGUUGGAGAAGUCGGACACUGCCAGCCAUGGCUUGUAUGACAAAACAUCUUUGCGUACCAUGCUUGCUGUUAUUGACUAUCUGAGACACCAAGAGAGACCACAGGAAGCUGAUAGCAGCUCCUGUGGGACAGUGUGUGACUCAAACUUCUGGCUGGAGCUGAACUACCUGGAGGUGGCCAGAGCUGCUCAGUCCUGUUCAGCACAUUUCACCGCCCUGCUCUACACUGAGAUCUAUGUCGAUAAGAUCAAAACGAACUUGGAGGAAAGUCGCAGAACCAAGUCCAGAGCAACACGCAAAAUCAGUUUUGAAGAGAACAGCCAGACGGUCACCAUCUCCAGCCUGACUGAGAAGAGUAUGGAAGACACCAACAUCAGUCUGCAGGAGCUGCUGAUCGAGGUGUAUCGGAGCAUUGGAGAGCCUGACAGUCUGUACGGCUGUGGUGGGGAGACGAUGACCAGUCCACUGACAAGGAUUCGGACCUAUGAGCAUGAGGCUAUGUGGGGCAAAGCCCUGACUUCAUACGACCUCCACUCCACUCUGCCUGAGGUCACUCGACAAGUGGGCAUAGUGGAGGGCCUGCAGAACUUUGGUCUGAGCAGCAUCCUCGCCACCUACAUGAGGGGUCUGGAGAGUGAAGGGGUAGAGUGGGGAGCUGAGCUGAGAGAGCUCCGCUUCCAGGCUGCCUGGAGGAACACACAGUGGGACUGUGAGGUGUCAGAGAGGAGUGAGAAAUGCAAACCUGGCUUCCACGAAUCAGUGUUUUGUUCUCUGCAAGCACUGAGGGACAAAGAGUUCUCCGUAUUUGAUGAAACUAUGAAACAGGCCAGGGGUGCAGAGGUGGAAGAGCUGUGCAGAGGCAGUCUAGAGGCUGUGUCUUCUCUUUACCCAGCUCUCAGGAACCUGCAGAGCAUCAGGGAGAUGGAGAGUGUGAAACAGCUCUUUUCCAGGCCCUUCUCAGACGUGACUCUGAGGGAAGUUUGCAGCCAGUGGCGGCAGCACUCCCAGCUGCUUGCUGACAGCGACUUUGCUUUGGUGGAGCCCAUCCUGACUGUCCGUUCUGUGGCCCAGCACACCCUGAUGUCCAGGGUAGGAGACCCAGUCAGCACCCAAUACCUUAGCUCGGUUCUCACUGACCACCUCAUGGAGCUAUGCCGGCUGGCUCGAAAAGCUGGGAACACACAGCUGGCCGAGCGGGCAGUGUUCCAGAUGAAGCAGCAUGGUGGUGGAGAGUCCUGGGCGUCAUCCCCUAUGUCGUCAUGGCAGCUGGAGGAAGCCCAGGUGUUCUGGGCAAAGGGAGAGCAGGGACUGGCCCUGGGCCUGCUGAGGCAGAUGAUAAACAACCUAGAGGAAAAGGUGGACUUAAAUCCUGCUGUGGCCCCUGUCUACACUGAGUGCCUCCGGCUGUGUGGCAACUGGCUGGCUGAGACCUGUCUAGAAAGCCCUGGAGUAAUACUGGUGAAGUACCUGGAGAGAGCAGUGGAGGUGAUCGAGGAGGAUUCAGGCGUGCAUCAGGAUGCCCGCUUGCAGAGUCAGCGAACGGAGGCCUUCCUGUCUCUGGCCCGCUUCUCUGACGCUCAGUACCAGAGCAUUGACAAAUACAUGAAUUCUUCUGAGUUUGAGAACAAGCAGGCGCUGCUGGAGAAGGCCAAAGAGGAAGUGGACUUGAUGAAGGAGCGUAAAGUGACGUCCAACAGGUACACAAUAAAGGUGCAGAGAGAGCUGGAGCUGGACGAGAAGGCCCUGUCCAACCUGCUUGCAGACAGACAGCGUUUCCUUUGUAAGGCAGUGGAGAACUACAUCCAGUGUCUGGAGCAGGGAGAGGAGCAUGACACCUGGGUGUUCCGCCUGGCUUCACUCUGGCUGGAGAAUGCAGACGUUAAGGCCGUAAACAACAUGAUGAAGAAAGGGGUCAAGAAGAUCCCUUCCUAUAAGUUCCUGCCUCUGAUGUAUCAGCUGGCUGCUCGCAUGGGGACCAAGAAGCCAGCUGGGGCCACUGAGGAUACAGGCUUUCAUGAUGUCCUCAAUGACCUGAUCUGCCGAGCAUGUUUGGAACAUCCUCACCACACCCUCUUCAUCAUUUUCGCCCUGGUGAAUGCCAACAAAGAUGACGACUUUUGCAGGAGCCGGCUGUCAAAGAGCGCUCCUCGGCAGCCGUCCCAGUUUGACCUGGAGCGUUCAGAUGUGGCCCAGAAAAUCAUUAAUGCGGUCAAGAAAAAGAGAAGCGAGAUGAUCCGCGGGAUCGAGCGUCUGUGUGAUUCCUACAUUACUUUGGCUUAUAUGGACGCCAGCAAGCACAAAACUGAGAAGAAGGCUAUUCCCAUCCCAGCUGACCAGCCCAUCAUGCAUAUCAAAGACCUGGAUGAUGUUGUCAUUCCCACAAUGGAGAUCAAGGUAGAUCCAUCCGGCUGCUAUGACAACCUGGUAACUAUCAGAUCCUUCAUGCCCCAUUAUCGCCUGGCUGGAGGAGUCAACCUGCCCAAGAUCAUCGACUGCGUUGGCUCUGACGGCAAGAGCAGGAGACAACUGGUCAAGGGUCAGGACGACCUGCGGCAGGAUGCAGUGAUGCAGCAGGUCUUCGGCAUGUGCUCCAUGCUGCUGCAGCGCAAUACGGACACUCGCAAGAGGAAGCUCAACAUCAGACAAUACAAGGUGGUGCCGUUCUCGCAGCGUAGCGGCGUGUUGGAGUGGUGUUCUGGCACAGUGCCUAUUGGGGAGUUUCUAGUGGACCCCAGUAAAGGAGCCCAUAAGCGCUUCAGACCCCAGGACUGGACCAACCUAAGUUGCCGCAAGAAGAUGAUGGAGGCCCAAAGACUGGCGUUUGAUGAGAAGCUCCAGGCCUACAGCGAGGUGUGCCAGAACUUCAGGCCCGUCUUCAGGUAUUUCUGCAUGGAACGAUUCCUGGACCCCGCGGUGUGGAUGGAGAAACGGCUGGCUUACACUCGCAGCGUGGCCACCUCCUCUAUAGUUGGCUACAUCGUAGGCCUGGGGGACAGACACAUCCAGAAUAUUCUGAUCGAUGAGCAGACUGCCGAACUGGUGCACAUCGAUUUAGGUGUGGCCUUUGAGCAGGGGAAGAUCCUGCCCACCCCUGAGACUGUCCCCUUCAGACUGUCCAGAGACAUUGUGGAUGGGAUGGGCAUCACUGGAGUGGAGGGAGUUUUCAGGAGAUGUUGUGAGAAGACGAUGGAGGUGAUGAGGAGCUCUCAAGAAGCUCUGCUGACUAUCGUGGAGGUGCUGCUGUAUGACCCUCUGUUUGACUGGACCAUGAACCCACUGAAGGCCUUCUACCUGCAGCACGACGAACAGCAGGAGCUCAACGCAACGCUCAGCUCCACAAUCGGGGGCGAUGACAUCUACAACCACCGUAAAUCCAGUGACAGCCAGAGCUUCAACAAAGUGGCCAAGCGUGUGCUGCUGAGGCUGCAGGAGAAGCUGAAGGGGGUGGAGGAGGGCACGGUCCUCAGCGUCGGUGGGCAGGUCAACCUGCUCAUCCAACAAGCCAUGGACCCCAAAAACCUGAGCAGGCUCUUUCCAGGCUGGCAGGCCUGGGUGUAGACCUGAGAAAAGGUGCACUUGAGUCGGCUCACUUCCUGCUUCCGCAACAAAUGUAAUGGAAGUGAAUUUGCACUUUAAAAGAACCGUAAGUCAUUUAGGAGAAUUGAAUGCAACACACAAUAACAUCAUUCAUUUUUUUUGCUGCAGUUAUGUGUGACGAAAUUACAAAAUCCUGCAACAAAAGACUGAUAAACUGUGUCUCUGAAUCAGUCGGGGUUGGUUCGGGGGAUGUUUACUAUAAAAGUGAGAUUGUUUCUGUAAAUUCCCCAGUGGGAUGUGAAUGUUUUCAUACUAUUGAGUGAUGUAUGAAAUGAUAUAUUAUUCUCAAUGGAAAUCCAAAGGCUUUAUCAUACAUUCCUUAUGAAUAUAUGAUAAGACUUGAAUAAACUGCACUUGAAAUCCCCUUUAAAUCCUUAUCGAACACCUUUUUGUUUCACUUCAGCUGUUCAUUAGUUCAGUUCUUUUAGUAUUAAAAUGAUGAAUAUUAUGCUGUAACGCUCGCAGAUUAUCUCUAGGGCAUUUAGAAAUGUAUGAUAUGAUUAUUCAGCAGCAACUUUAUUCUAGUUUUUAUUCCUUUUCUGCUUUGUAAAAAAAAAAUUAAAAAAAUGCUGGCAGCUGUUGAAUGUCGGUGCUGCACUGAUAAAUUAAUAAAACAUUUGUUUGAAGCCCA